UACUCCUCCUUCACUCCUCCAUUCCUCUUUCUCCGUUCAGCAAGGAAAGAAUCCUCUCUCUCUCCCCCGUGAGUGGACUGAAUCUUUUUGUGUGUGCAUCCUAACUGAUCACGCUUCAUCCGUCUCCUCCUUGCUGUGCUCCUCUUACAAAAGGUGACUCCUUCGACUUUUGUUUUUCGACCAUGAACUUCUCUCGGAUUUAAGGAGUUUCCAGAUAAAGGCGGCGUGAACAGUCGAUGGGCGAAACACAGUUCCAGAGGGCCAAAGAGGAGACGCCGUUCUUUCAGUGAGAGACUUUCUCGACCCUCGAGGAUUGAUUUGGGUUUUGGGGCGAGCCGAACACAGGCGGGCGUGACAGAUCCGAUUCAAAAAUAGCCGACCUCUGUCCCAGUUUUGUCCCCUGGACCACGAUGGGUUCAGACGUCCGCGACCUGAACUCCCUGCUGCCCCCGCUCCCGGCGUGCCCCAGCCCCGGAUGCCCGGCCUUGCCCGUCAGCACGGCCCCCCAGUGGGCCCCCGUCCUGGACUUCCACACCGCCGCCUCCCCGUACUCCUCCCUGGCCACGCCGCACGCCUCCCUGACCGCCCCGCACGCCUCACUGGGGCCGCACUCCUUCAUCAAGCAGGAGCCCAGCUGGGCGGCCGCCGGUGACCCCCACCACCACGAAGCCGACCCCCACUGCGGCCUCAGCGCAUUCACCGUCCACUUCUCCGGCCAGUUCACCGGCACCGGGGCCUGCAGGUACGGGGCUUUCGGGGCUCCGCCGCCCCCGAGUCAGCCGCCGUCCGUGGCGGCGCCUCACCACCACCAGCCCCCCGGGAGGAUGUUCAGCAACCCGCCGUACCUGACCAACUGCAUGGACACGCAGCAGGGGGGACGCAACCAGACAGGCUACAGCGCGGUCGCAUUCGAUGGAGCCGGUAAUUACGGUCACACUCCUACUCACCACAGCUCGCAGUUCUCCAACCAUUCCUUCAAGCACGAAGACGCUUUAACCCAGCAAAGUACGAUGGCGGAGCAGCAGUACCCCGUACCUCCACCUGUCUACGGAUGCCACACGCCCUCUGACACCUGCACAGGCAGCCAGGCGCUGCUGCUGAGAAACCCAUACAACAGCCACGCGACGGGCUACGACAGCGACCCCAACACCCCCCUGCUGUACAGCUGCAGCACGCAGUACCGCAUACACACACACGGAGUCUUCAGGGGCCUACAGGAUGUGCGGCGGGUGCCCAGCAUCGCCCCGACCAUAGUGCGCUCAGAGAGCAGCGAGAAGCGUCCGUUCAUGUGCGCCUACCCAGGAUGCAACAAGCGCUACUUCAAGCUGUCUCACCUGCAGAUGCACAGUCGCAAACACACAGGCGAGAAGCCGUUUAACUGCCGGUGGCCGAACUGCCAGAAGAAGUUUGCCCGGAGCGAUGAGUUGGUGCGACACCACAACAUGCACCAGAGGAACCUCACCAAGCUCCAGCUGGCCAUCUGAGUCUUGUGUCAGGCCGUGUCCCAGUUUCAAAUCAAAACAGCCCAGUUUCAUCUGCUUUUACCUUCUGUCUGUGGUUAUUAGUUAAACAGCUGGUGACAACCUUUGUCCUCCAGAAACCAGCCUGUUUUUUGGUUGUUGUUUUUUUAUUUAAAAGGUAAAAAAGAAUAGUCGUUGGGAAAUGACAUAGCACAGUCUACAUAACAAGCUAAACGAGUGCAAAUUGGUCUCUAGACGGUGUGAGAUUUAGAGGAUAAGGCUGCCAAUAAUCCAUACGUUUUGUCAACAAACCCCUUAAAGGACAGACACUAGUGCUGUGCAUUGCCACAACUCUCUCAGCUAGUUGACUGGAGUCACUGUGUUGAUAGAGCGGAGGUAUACUGGCAAAAAAAGGCUGAACAUGACUUGGCUUUUGCAACAAUUUAACGCAAUAUUUGGUUUUGUGUCAUGUGGGCCAAUCCAAUACAUGAAAGCAAACAGCCCCUGUGUAUCACAUUGCAUUUCUACUAAUUACAUGACUGCUAUUAUAAUAAGUUGUAACAUCCUUAUUAAUUGUGUUAUUAUCCACUAUGCGAUGAUGAUGUCUCAUCAUAGACCUUCAAACUCAUCGUCUCAACAAUCCCCAAAAGAACACCCCCAAAAUGCUGGGACUACUUCCACUGACACUGGAGAUGUUAUAAAAUGGGUCACAAACAUAUAUUUUAUGAGAUUUGUUCUGUUUUUAAAGGCUUAAGCAUUCGUUUCAGCAAAAGUUCCUCAAACAGGUGUAAAUAAAAGUAAAACGUUUGUAUGUGGGUGUCAGUAAAGAUGAAGAAUAGAGCCCAUGUUUAUUGUAGGCGACGAACAUUUCUCCCAGUGCAACAGAGGACUCAUUGCUCAUGCUGUUUUUUGGACCACAGCCGAGGGCCACUGCAUCUGGGUUUGUGGCAGUGGGAAGAGACCUUGACCUGAUUUUGACCAGUGCAAGAAAAGGGCAACUUUUGUUAGUUGUUAUUGAGACACACGCGUCACCAGCGCUGAUUGAUGAGGAUUGGACAAUAGCGGUGUGCUUUCCUCUGCGGUUAGGGUGUCGAUGAAGCAUUACGUCAUUCAAUUUCACUCGUAGUCAUUAACCGAGAAAGCUCACCUCACUUAUCCUUUAAAAAAUAAAUGCUCAUUUGAAUGAUAUUUUAAAAACAGAAGCCAGAAAAAACUGCGAAAAAAGUGUAAUUUGGCGAGAGAAAACAUUGGUGAGUUGUGGAGAUCAUAUUUGUAAUGUAGAAUUGCAUUCGUCCCCAGUUAUUAGCCUCGUGUGUACAGCGAGGUCAAAAGUCAGAUAUGCCUGUACACCUUCGCGCUUGUCUGCUGUAAAUAAAUCUUUAUAUUAAACAACUUAGGGAAGGCUAAUUUAUUAUCUUUUUGUUGUGGACAAAAACUGCUCUCACUGGAACCAUUUAAAGGGAGCGAGGUCCACUCAGUCUCUCUGCUGUAUCGCGUUUUCACACCCUCACAAUAAAAGAUAAUCCUGGGUCUGAUUUAAAAACAUCAAAGUAAGAGAAUAAUUUGCACUGUUUUUUUUGUCGGGUCGGCAUUGAAAUAUAUAUUUGCAAACUUAAAUACGCUCUGCGUUUAAAAAAGCGUGUCUUUUUUGUUUUUGAGUAAUGGCAGGAUUGGAUUUCUUUUUUCUUUUCUGGCAGCGGUCUCGGGAGUCUCUUGUCUCUGCGGUGUGUAAAUAUUGCUGGACUUUGGCAGUGUUUUAGACUCUAAAAUAUGUCUGGUCAAACUGGCUCUGUGGCCGGGACAUUAUGGUCAAGAUGUAAAUAAUACUACUUCAACGUGGGAACUGAACUCUUUCCACGGGGAAAAACAUGUAACCUAACUGAUGUGUCUUAGAAGUGUCUCUGGAAGGCUCCAGGGAGUGUUUGUAUUUUUCAUUUCUUCUGUAUUCCAUGUGUAUCAAUAUUUGAGUCAUCAAACCGCAAAUGUCAGUGAAUCAUUUUGUACUGAAACGUGUGAGAUAAAACAUGAACAUAAUGAUGCUUUCUCUCUGUCUAAAUGUACUGUGACUCUUUUCAUACAGCAUCGGUUUGCCUCUGUG